UGCCGGCUGUAUUUACUAUAAAUACGACAACUCAGCCCGUGCAUAGGCUAAACACAUUUGACCACCAACAAGUACAUAAAUAAAGAAUCCUUUCGCGAAACAUACUCGUAAAUAUCACUGCGACUUUGCGAUGAAUUCGAUGAAUUCCUUUGAAAGUGGCACCAACAACUUUGGAUGGCCAACCGCGGGUACAAAUGCAGAGCAGCAGAUACAGCAAAGACAACAACAAUUUAGAGAGCAACUCAUACCCACCGCUUAUGUACGAAUUGUGGAGCAACCCGCCAGUAAAGCGUUGAGAUUUCGGUACGAAUGUGAGAGCCGCUUCACUGGCACACUGUUGGGUCAGAGCUCGACACCGAAUUUGAAAACCUACCCCACCAUCGAAAUUGUUGGCUUCAAAGGAAGUGCAAUUGUAGUGGUGUCGUGUGUGACCAUGGAUGCGCCAUAUCGUCCACAUCCGCACAAUUUGGUGGGCAAAGAGAAUUGUACGAAAGGUGUUUGCACUGUGGAAAUCAACACUGACACCAUGUGUGCCGUAUUCAAAAAUUUGGGCAUACAGUGUGUUAAAAAGCGUGAUAUAGAGCAAUCUUUGCGAAUUCGUGAGAAUAUCCGCGUCGAUCCAUUUAGGACGGGAUUUGCACACAGUACCGACCCGGCUAGCCUCGAUCUUAGUUGCGUACGUUUGUGCUUUCAAGUAUUUCUGAAAGAUGAAAUGCAACAUUACACAAUACCACUGCCGCCCGUUGUUUCCGAGCCCAUAUACAAUAAGAAAUCCUUGCCAGAUCUUACUAUUAUACGCAUUUGCAGCUGUUCGGCCUCAGUCUUGGGCAAUACCAAUAUUAUUUUGAUGUGUGAAAAGAUUGUAAGAAACGAUAUUGCUGUACGAUUUUUCGAAGAAAAGGACAAUACCACACUGUGGCAAGCAUUUGGUGCAUUAGAGCCGAGUAAAGAUAUACACAAAUUGACGGCUAUUUCGUUUCGAACACCCAAAUAUCAUAAAACAGACAUAACGGAACCAGUGCAGGUGUACAUUCAACUGCAAAGACCAUCAGAUGGUGCUACUAGUAAGCCAGUUAAAUUUGAAUUUAUGCCGGCCGAGUUGAGCGCAGACGAAUCGAAGCGAAAACGUCGAAAACUCAAUAAUGAAAUGAUACAACAACUAAAAGCGAGUCAGUGUGCCGCUCAAAUGACAAGUGAGAUGGAGUCUGCAGCACAGCUUUCACAACCACAAUACCCAGUGGCGUGCGUAAAAACUCAGCAGCGGCAAAUACAGCAAUCACAUUCCGACAACAAUUUAUCAAAAGCUGCUCAUGCAGCGGGCCCAACGGCGAGCGAACUAUUGGACUUAGAUAGUGGACAAUUAGUUCGGGUGAACUCAGAGGACCAAUACCUGCUGCAGCUCACAACCGAAGAACUUAGGCUCUCCAAUCUGUCACUGUAAUUAAGUCGUUUACUCCGGCGCAGCCGAUUUGAUAAGCGCUUACGCUCGAUCCUAUAGCUGACGUAGACCGGCGCAGGUGGCACAACGACUAGCAAGCUGUGCCAACCAAUAUUUAAUAUUGGAAAUGUUUUGUUUUUACUUUAUAAAACAUUUUGUCUUCUAGUGUAAAAUUAAAUGUGAUAUUUUGCGGUUUUUCUUCAAGCAAACAAAUAUUUGUUAUACUACAUAUGUAGCUUAUAGAAUAAAAGGUUACGACACGAUGGCAAUCAUAUGUUUAAUGGGCACAUCUAGUGUAAUCGCCUAAAAAAA